AUGUCCCGGGCUCGCGUCCCGCUGUGGGCCGUCUGCGUGCUGCGGGUGGCGCUGGCCACCGUCUACUUCCAGGAGGAGUUUCUCGACGGAGAGCGCUGGAGGAACCGAUGGGUGCAGUCCAUCAGUGAUUCCCAAUUUGGGCAUUUUAGACUCUCAUCGGGGAAAUUUUAUGGCCACAAAGAGAAAGACAAAGGUCUGCAAACUACUCAGAAUGGCCGCUUCUAUGCCAUCUCUGCAAGCUUCAAACCGUUUAGCAACAAAGGGAAGACUCUGAUCAUUCAGUACACAGUAAAACAUGAGCAGAAGAUGGACUGCGGAGGGGGGUACAUUAAGGUCUUCCCUGCAGAUGUGGAUCAGAAGAACCUGAAUGGAAAGUCGCCGUACUAUAUUAUGUUUGGACCCGAUAUAUGUGGAUUUGAUAUCAAGAAAGUUCAUGUUAUUUUACAUUUCAAGAAUCAGUAUCAUUCAAACAAGAAAUUAAUCAGGUGUAAGGUUGAUAGCUUCACACAUCUCUACAGUCUGAUUUUAAGACCAGAUCUUACUUAUGAAGUGAAAAUCGAUGGUCAAGCCAUUGAAUCCGGCAGCAUAGAGUAUGACUGGCACUUAACGUCACUCAAGAAAAUGGAAAAGUCUUCAGCAGAGCCUAAGGAUUGGGAUCAGGCCAAAGAUGACAAAGCCCAGGACUGGGAGAAGCAUUUUCUGGAUGCCAGUGCCAGCAAGCCGAGUGACUGGAACAGCGAGCUGGAUGGGGACUGGCAGGCGUCCAUGCUCCAGAAGCCCCUGUACCAGAAUGGCCUGAAACCAGAGGGGAUCGAUAAAGAUGUUUGGCUCCAUCAGAAGUUGAAAAACACCAACUAUUUGACAGAGUAUGAUCUCUCGGAAUUUGAGAACAUUGGGGCCAUCGGACUGGAGCUUUGGCAGGUGAGAUCUGGAACCAUCUUUGAUAACUUCCUGAUCACAGACGAUGAAAAGUACGCUGAGAAUUUUGCCAGGGCUACCUGGGGUGAAACCAAGGGCCCAGAAAGGGAGAUGGAUGCCAUACAGGCCAAGGAGGAAAUGAAAAAAGCCCGUGAGGAAGAUGAGGAGGAGCUGAUGGUACGAAAGUUUAAUGGGCAUGAAAAUCAUUUCAGUAGAUUUCACAGGCGGGAUGAACUUUAG